CAUUAGGGACCAGGGCAAAUUAUAUCACAUUCACACUGAUGGGACCAGUAUAUUCAGCCACUGAGAAAACCCAUUUUUACCCCACCCCUGUUCCCUCCCACAAGAAAAUGGCCGACCAUGAAUCAAAACAAUCACAAGACACAUUGGAGAAUGGCGAAAGCAAGAAUGCAGAUGAAUGUUCAUGGCCAAAACCUGUGGUAGGAUUGCAAAAUAAAACUGAUAUUAACAGCUCUGCACGAUCUCUGCGGUACCAAAGAAGAGACCCCCGAACUAUUGAGAGAUGUAACUUGUUAAAUGUAUCCAAACUUAUCAUAAAGGAGGUGAUCGACUCCAGUCUGUCUCAUGGUCGCAUGCUGGAUGACAACCACGUUCCACUUCAACAGUUCUUUAUUGUACUAGAACAUGUUCUGCGCCAUGGACUUAAGCCCAAGAAAAGUUUACUACGAGAUCGGCGAGAUUUCUGGUGUGUCCUGGAAACGGUAGAGAAACUGGUUCCCGAAGCUUCCGAAAUAACCACCAGUGUCAGAGAAAUGCCAAACCUCAAGACACCAUUAGGCAAAGCCAGAGCAUGGCUGAGACUCUCACUGAUGCAGAAGAGCCUGGCAGACUAUCUUAAAGUACUGUGUGAGAAAAAAGACCAAGUACUUGGUGAAUUUUACGAGCCUGGUGCUAUGAUGUUGGAGGAUGAGGGGAUGGUUUUUACGGGGUUACUUGUGGGACUUAAUGUCAUCGACUGUAACAUGUGUAUAAAGGAGGAGGACUUAGACCAACCUAUGGGAGUCAUAGAUUUUAGUUUGUACUUAAACAACAGAAUUAAUGAUGACCUAUCACCAGAAAAUGAAAGUCCAGAAACAAAGAACAAAAUGGCUACCAUACUAGAUCAGAAAAAUUAUCUAGAGGAACUCAACAGACAUUUGAAUGCAACAGUCACAAAUCUACAACAAAAACUAGAGAGUGUUCAAACUACUAAUACUCUAUUAAAAGAAGAUCUUGCCAUUGCUAAAAACUCGGUGUUAGAAUUACAGGCAGAAAAUGACACUCUGAAAGCCAACCAGGGUUCAAUUGUAGACGACACAAAGAGGCAACUGGAGGCUGCUAAACAAGACAUUGAAACAGAACGAGCUACAUACAAGACGUCGAGGGAGGGACUGGACAGCAUGUACUCCGACCUCAAAAAACAGCUGGAGGAGGAAACUCACGUCAGACUCGAUGUUGAGAAGGAACUAGAAUUGCAGAUCAGCAUGAAACAAGAAAUGGAGAUGGCGCUGCGAAUAUUAGAGAAAGAUAUCCACGAGAAACAGGACACCAUGAUUUCCUUACGACAACAGCUGGAGGACAUCAAAGGAAUCAACCUGGAAAUGUACCAGAAAUUACAGGCAUGUGAGGGCAGUUUAAAACAUAAAAGUGAAUUAGUCGCUAAGCUGGAAGAGAAAACUAAUCAGUUAGUGACCACACUCAAGGACAUGGAAAAGAGAUUAAAACAAGCUGAAGCUGACAAACAGGCAGCUGAAGAAACAGCCCGAAAACUCGGCCAAAUCAUUGCCGACAAAGACGCAAAAAGGACAGCACUGGAGACAGAUCUAAAAAUAGAAAGGGAGUGGAGAGGGACCUUACAGAGGUCACUGGAGGAGGAAAAGGAGAGAGUGGCAGCAAUACAGACAGACCUACAGAAGUAUAAACAGUUAGAUAAGGAAUAUGCUGCUUUGGAGCAUCGACAUAAGGAGAUGCAGAAAACGUGUGAAGAGCAAGAGAGAACACUAGCUGAACUGGGAUCUCAUCUGAGCGCGUCCAAGUUACGUGUUGAGGACAUGCGGGAGGCGCAGCAGGCGGUGAAGGAGGCCCAGUGGAUCAGUGACAAGGAGGCCACAAACUGUAAAGGCUGUAGUAAAGAAUUCUCCAUCUCCAGGCGACGGCACCAUUGUCGAAACUGUGGAGAUAUAUUUUGUAACGAGUGUUCAGACAAUAAGAUGCCCCUGCCCUCCUCAGCUAAGCCUGUGCGUGUUUGUGAUAACUGUCAUACUUUACUACUGCAAAGGUAUUCCUCAACAGGAAACUGAUGACAUUGUCUAAUUGUGAAAAUUUCAUACAGUGGCCCAAUACUCAAGAUGCCAGCCUUAUAUCAAUGUGAAAAUUCCAUAGGUUCAAAAAGUGCUGCAGAAAUUGAGUUAGUCAUGAACCAUUUAGUGCUAGAAGGUGUUCCCAUGUUGACCAUUUAAACAUCUUUUCAUUCACAACCAUUUAAACAUCUGUUCUUUUUUGAAAGUCAUUUAAACAUAUUUUUUUGUCAUCCAUAGAUACAUUCCAAUAUAACUUAAAUUUCUGUUACUAGAAUGCAUCAGAUGUGUUGGAUAAUGUAUGGUGUCCCUGUAUUUUGAGUCAACAUAGCUAUCACAAAGCCAAGUUGUUUUGCUUGUUAUUAUUUCCAAAGCCAUAAAUAUAUGCAAUAUGUAUUUAUAUACUACAUGUACAUGCUAGUAGUUAUUUUUUUAUUUUUCCUAAAUUUUUACUUUGUCUCCCUAAUUAUAAAAUGGAACUACACUGUAGUAGAAAUGAACAAAGCCUAGAUACUUAUAAGUGUAAUUUACAUCCUGAAGAAUGUGGGCUAAUGUCAUAAAAUAUGAACUGGGUGAUUUGGUAUAUUAACAUGACAUAUACACGUUAUAUUAUUGUGAUUUUAAAUGUUAUGUGAAUGAAAUGUAUUUUUGGUUUAAAUGUAGAUCAAUUAUCAACAUACAGUACAUGUACCAAGUUUUCAACAACAAAAUGAGUUGUGUUCACAUCAGAUAAUAUAUACAUUGUAUGUAUUUAAAAUCUGAUCCCCUUUCAGUAUUCAGUUUUGUUGAUGGGUGUUACUACAUGUAUGUGGAGUAUGCUUUACUUAGAACUGUAAUACAAAAGCAAAAUCUUAAAGCUUUUGGGAAAGGUGGCUUUAAUUUUUUUUCCACUUAUCUGUAUGUUUUCAAACAUAUUUGAAAGCAGUUUUUGAAUGCAAGUUUAUUUCAGUGAAGACAGUUUGAAAUGCUUCAUUUAAUUUCUUUCUGGGUAAUAUUUAGAACAGAAUAAGCCUUUUCUGUGUUGACGUUAUCAUGUUGAUCAUGAAUUAGUCUGCUAGAGACAAAAAUUAAACCAUAAAGGAGCUACACUCCAUAGGUAAAGAUAUUUUUUCCCCUCAAUGAAAUACUUUUGAAUUAUAAUCAAGGGUUUUGUGGGAAUAAAAAAAUUAAAAAAAAAUUUAAUGCAAUUGCCAGGCCCAUUGCAAUCACAUGAUGAAGAAUGGUUACUGCUUCCUUUCAGAAAAUGUUAUAGAGGAUUAUUUUGCAAUGCAUAAUUGUUGAUUUGUAUAUUAUUGUUAUUAAAUAAAAAAUAAAAUGAGGAAAAAUAAA